AUGGCGGUCAAGUUAGACCUAGAAAAAGCUUAUGAUUUCCUCAAUUGGAGGUAUAUCAAAGCGUGUUUGACAAAGUUUGGGUUCUGCGAUAAUUGGAUUAACAUGGUCUUGAACUGUAUAAGCUCAGUUUCUUUCUCAGUAAUAAUCAACGGAAAACCUGAAGGUUGGUUUAAGCCUUCGAGAGGUAUUAGACAGGGAGAUCCUUUAUCCUCUUAUAUUUUUAUUCUCUGUAUGGAACCCCUUAUUCGAGAAUUCAAUAAGCUAGCUGAGAAACCUAGGAACCAAGUAGGGAUAGUUUCAGCUCCCAGAGGACCUAGAAUUUCCAACCUUGUCUUUGCUGAUGAUUGUCUAAUUUUUGCUAAAGCAACUCCUAGAGGUGCCAGAAAUAUUCUUAAAACCUUAAGUGACUUUGCCACUGCUUCAGGACAGAAAAUAAACUUCCAUAAGUCUUCUCUUUAUUUUUCUCCAAAUGUUUGUGGCUCCAGGAAGAAUGACAUUGUCAAUAUCUUGGGAAUUCAACAAAAAAGCACUAUCGAAAAAUACUUAGGCAUCCAUAACGUUGCUUGUUGGAAAGACCCUAUUAACUCAAAGGAACUAAUCCUUAAAAUUUCUAAUAAACUUGCCGGCUGGAAAAAGAAUACUCUUUCUCAUGCUGGCAGAGUCACCCUUAUCAAAACAAACCUGGCUGGAAUGCCAAAUCAUGUUAUGUCUUGUUUUAAUUGUGAUAAGAGAACCACAAAGGCGGUAGAUACAGAAUCAAGGAGUUUUUUGUGGGGUGAUUCUAAAAACCCACCAGUAGCUUGGGAACAAGUAUGUACUCCUAAAUCCAUUGGAGGCUUAGGAAUUAGACCCUCAGCCUACUUUAAUAAAGCGGCUGUAGCAAAGCUUGGUUGGAAGAUUAUCAUGGACCACUCUAACUGGUGGGUUCAAAUAGUGAAGAAUAAGUAUUUAAAGAACCAUUCCUUCUUUGAAACAAAAAAGAAAAGUAGUGACUCCGUUGCUUGGAAAGGCAUCCUGGAUAGUAGAGAUCUCAUUACAAAAGGGAUGAGAUGGACUAUUGGCACAGGAAAGGAGGUUAAAUUCUGGACUUUUAAUUGGAUUUUUGAUUUUCCUCUUAUCAAUUUGUUAAAUGAUCAGCAGAAAGCUACUAUUAAUUGGGAUGCAAAUGUGAGUAACUUUAUUGCAGGAAAUAGCUGGGACAAAGAAAAAUUGCUCCAAGUCCUGGAUUGGGAAAUAGUCAAACAGAUAAUGGGAAUUCCUAUCCCCAUAAAUAACCAGAAUGAUAGAUGUGUCUGGGGACCCGCUGCAAAUGAUAAGUUCUCCAUCAAAACAGCGACUUGGAUCCAAUACAAUGAAACUUUGGAUCAUCUUUUUGGUGAUUGUACAAUUGCAACAAAUGUUUGGAGAAAAGCUUGCCUCCAUGAUCUUAUUCAUGGAAGUGAUACAUUCUUAAAUAAACUGAAUCUCUUUUUGAGGAAAAGAAAUUACAACAAAAAUGAUUUUGAGAAAAUUCUAACUAUUUGUUGGAUGAUUUGGAAGGCCAGGAACGAUGCUUCUUUCAGAAACAUUAGUACCUCCCCUCUAACCAUUAUUAGUGUUGCUGCUUCUAUAGAGAAAGGCUUCAAGGAAAAUAACAUGAAUUGCAGGGUUGGUUCUUUCAAAACACCAUCAGCCAUUAAAUGGCAACCACCUCCUGCAUCCACUUUCAAAGUAAACUUUGAUGGCUCGGUGACUUCCUCUUCUGCAGCCUGUGGUACUAUCAUCAGGAAUUCUGAAGGUGUACCAAUUAUUACUUCAUCAAAGAACAUUGGGAAGGCCUCGGUUCCCACAACUGAAGCGACGGCACUAAGAGACAGCAUCCUCAUUGCCAAGAACAGGGGGCUGACAAGGAUCAUUGUAGAGGGUGACUCCAAAAUCAUUAUUGAUGUAGUGAAUGGCAAAAUUAGCACCCCAUGGAGGCUCCAACAGAUUAUAGAAGACAUUAAAAACUUGGCUCAAGAGUUCCAGGAGAUUUGCUUUAACCACAUAUACAGGGAAGCAAAUUUUGCAGCAGACGCCACAGAAAGUUUGGGACAUUCAAUAACAGGAAGAAGAGACUGGUUCCAACCUUUGCCCAGGUCUAUUGGAAGAAUGAUCCUGUUUGACCAAAUUGGUGAAGGCUGCCCACGAGGCAGUGUCCUCUAG